AUGUCGCCCUUGGUUGUUCACCUGCGGUGCGAAACCAAGCCGCUGGAGCGUCGUUCUCCAUUGUCGCCCGAGACGGCCAAGGCGCUCAUCGAGGCCGGCUACGUCGUCCGCGUGGAGGAGUCCCCCGACCGCAUUUACAAGGCCGACGAGUUCAAGGCUGUUGGCGCCGACAUCGUCCCGGCGGGCUCCUGGGUCAAGGCCCCGACCAGCGACAUCAUUCUGGGCUUGAAGGAGAUUCAAGCAGACGGCACCCCUUUGCCGCAUUCCUACAUCCACUUUGCCCACGUGUUCAAGAGGCAGCACGGAUGGGCCAAGGAGCUCUCGCGCUUCUCCAACGCAGGCGGCCUGCUGUACGACCUGGAGUUCCUGACGGAUGAGAACGGGCGCCGCGUCGCAGCGUUUGGCUACUGGGCCGGCUACGCCGGCACGGCCUUGGCCCUGCUGGCCUGGGCGCACCAGCUGCUUCGCCCGGGGACCGCGCAGGGGCCGGUGCCGGUGUUCGACUCGGCCUCGGCGCUCGUCGACCUCGUCAGGUCGGCCGUCAACGAGGCCCUGGCAGCCAACGAGGGCCAGUUCCCCCGCGUCAUCGUCAUCGGCGCGCUCGGCCGCUGCGGCACGGGGGCGGUCGAGUGCUGCGAGGCCGCCGGCCUGCCCGCGGAAUCCGUCCUCAGGUGGGACAUGGCCGAGACCAGCAAGGGCGGGCCCUUCAGGGAGGUCGCCGAGUCGGACAUCUUCGUCAACUGCGUCUACCUCGGCGCGCACCGCGUGCCUCCCUUUGUCACGUUCGAGUCCCUGUCGGGGCCCGGCCGGCGGCUCCGCGUCAUCUGCGACGUCAGCUGCGACCCCAACAGCGAGAACAACCCGAUCCCGGUGUACGCCAGCUACAGCUCGUUCCAGAGCCCCACCAUCCCGGCCUCGGGGCACCUCGACGGGCCGGAGCUGCGCAUCAUUGCCAUUGACUAUCUGCCCACCCUGGUCGCGCGCGAGGCCAGCGACGAGUAUUCGUCGCUGCUGCUGCCGGCCUUGCUGACGCUGGACCGCCGGGACGACGAGGGCGUGUGGAAGAGGGCGGAGCGGACGUAUCGGGCCAGGGUGGCGGAAAUCCCCGAGGGCACAAGCCCUGCGUCUUGA